GUAGUUUUGCAAUCAAAUAAACAUUCCUAAAAGCUAAUGGCUUGUUUGGCUCAACGCCUUCGCAAAUUCAUCUUCCUUUCUCAAGCCCACUCUUCUUCACCAUCAUCAUCAUCAGUCACUACCUUGAGAUGGCGACAGGGAACUCCAGUGACCAGCAACAGUACCAACCUCACCCAGUGUGGACAGCCUUGUUAACAAAGCUACUCGCAAACCUAAUACUCGAUCAGGUCCGUAAAGGAAACACUGCGAACAACUCCUUAUCUAAUAAAGCUUGGAACUUUAUAACCAAUGAGUUCUACACAAGAAGUGGUAUCAAACGCGACAAAGAACAUCUCAAGAACAGAUUCGCUGCUCUCAGACGCGAGUUCUCUGUCGUUAAGCUGAUCCUAGCUCGAGAUAACUUCGUUUUCGAUGAAUCAACUGGUUGUAUCAUCGCCGCUGAUGAAUCUUGGGACCAAUACGUAAAGGAGUGUCCAGACGCUGAGGCUGUAAGAAGAGGUGGUUGUCCAGUUUACAAGCAGCUCUUUGAGAUAUUCGCUGUUGUUCAUCUUGAGGAGGAACCUGUGUUACCUCAACGCUCGUAUGAGUACGCUGCUGUUAAGAGUAGGCCUAGUAGGGGAGUGGAGGCUACUAUUGCCAGUGCUAUAGUUGAAAUGGCUGCUGCAUCGAGGCUAAGGACUAAUGCUUUGACGCAGAUGAGGAGCAGGUUCACUCUUGCUGAGUGUAUCAGAGAGCUUGAUGGGAUUCACGGUGUAGCAGAGAAUGUAUAUUUUGCUGCACUUGAGAACUUCAACAACCCAAGUGCAAGAGAGACAUUCUUGUCGUUGAGAAGCGACAUGCGUUUGGCUUGGCUUCAGUGGAAAUGUACUUAACAUGAAAUUUCAGGCAAUGAUUCAAUGAAAAAGUUCAUUUUUCUAAAA